GCAGAGUGAUCGCCGCCAUGAUAGAACAGGCGAAGCGAAAAGGCCCAGAAUUGCCGCUGGUUCCAGUCAAGCGGCCGCGGCAUGAGUUGCUCUUGGGAGCGGCGGGGUCCGGCCCCGGAGCGGGCCAGCAGCAGCAACAGCAGGCAGCGCCGGGAGCUUUGUUGCAAGCUGGGCCUCCUCGGUGUUCCUCUCUUCAAGCUCCAAUCAUGCUUCUCUCAGGACAUGAGGGAGAAGUAUAUUGCUGCAAAUUUCAUCCCAAUGGAUCCACCUUAGCAUCUGCAGGAUUUGACCGACUAAUAUUGUUAUGGAAUGUCUAUGGUGACUGUGAUAACUAUGCUACACUGAAGGGACACAGUGGAGCAGUGAUGGAACUGCAUUAUAACACAGAUGGCAGUAUGCUCUUCUCAGCAUCCACAGAUAAAACUGUGGCAGUGUGGGAUAGUGAAACCGGUGAAAGGGUUAAAAGACUAAAGGGACAUACUUCCUUUGUGAAUUCCUGUUACCCGGCCAGAAGGGGCCCUCAGCUUGUAUGCACUGGCAGUGACGAUGGAACAGUUAAGCUUUGGGACAUCCGGAAGAAAGCAGCCAUCCAGACAUUUCAGAACACCUAUCAGGUAUUAGCUGUGACCUUCAAUGACACAAGUGAUCAGAUUAUUUCUGGUGGAAUAGACAACGAUAUUAAGGUUUGGGACUUACGCCAAAACAAGCUAACCUACACCAUGAGAGGCCAUGCAGAUUCUGUGACUGGCCUGAGUUUAAGUUCUGAAGGCUCUUAUCUCUUGUCCAAUGCAAUGGAUAAUACAGUGCGGGUAUGGGAUGUCCGGCCAUUUGCUCCAAAAGAGAGGUGCGUGAAGGUAUUUCAAGGAAAUGUGCACAACUUUGAGAAGAAUCUUCUGCGAUGCUCUUGGUCCCCGGAUGGGAGCAAGAUAGCAGCUGGCUCAGCUGACAGGUUCGUGUAUGUGUGGGAUACCACAAGCAGAAGGAUUUUGUAUAAGUUACCUGGCCAUGCUGGCUCUAUCAAUGAAGUGGCUUUCCAUCCCGAUGAACCCAUCAUUCUCUCAGCAUCAAGUGACAAGAGGCUGUAUAUGGGAGAGAUUCAGUGAAGAUUAUGGAAGAUUCCAAGGCUGCUUGACCUUGAGACUUCGGGCUAUGGCAUCAAAUGGUGCCCAGAAC